CUGUCUGUGCCUCCAUCUCUGCUCUGCUCGGGAGUACGUGAGUACUUUCUCUCUCUAUCUCUUCUGCAUAGACAAAAGCAAAUGCAACAGAAAAGCAACGAUAACCGAGAAAGGCAAAAGCGCCAUUAAAUUCCUCUGCAGCACUCCCCCAUUUUUACUCUCCACUUCUCUCUCUACCCCCUCCCCUCCCCUCUCUUUCUCUCUCUUACCUCCUCCUCUGCCGGUGUUGCAGGCUUUGAGCUCGAAAGGCGCGCAGCCAGAGGCGGAGAGAGAGAGAGAGAGAGGUUGAGGGGUUGCUGGCGGUAUGGGGGACGGUAUGCGGGAGCGGGAAGCGGCCACGUGCUCCUCCUACGCGGCGGCGCCCCCAGCAGCAGCAGCAGCGCAGCAGCCCGACGAAAUCUCGCUCUUCCUCCGGCAGGUCCUCCAGCGCUCGGGCCGGAGGGCGGAGAACCUCCCCGGCCGCCCGGGCGGCGGCAGCGGCGGCGGCGGCGGCGGGGGCGGAGGGAUCUCGUUCGACAGGGUGGUCGACAGCUUCUCCGCCUCCGCGUCUGCCUCGGGUGGCGGGCCGCUGGCGGGGAAUGCGAAGCUGAGCGCGGUCGGUGCUGCGGCGGCGGCGGCGGCGGCGGCGGCUUCUUCCGUCGGGGCCAGCGAGAAUGAAGCUGAUGAUUAUGACUGCGAGAGCGAGGGACUCGAAGCGUUGCUGGAGGACGUUCCUGCCAGGCCAAAUCCGCCUCGUGGCUCGUCCAAGCGAAGUAGGACAGCUGAAGUUCAUAAUUUGUCAGAAAAGAGGAGGAGGAGCAGGAUCAAUGAGAAAAUGAAAGCAUUGCAAAGUCUAAUUCCUAAUUCUAACAAGACUGACAAGGCAUCAAUGCUGGAUGAAGCCAUUGAGUACCUUAAGCAGCUCCAGCUCCAAGUUCAGAUGUUAUCGAUAAGGAACGGAUUAAGUUUGCAUCCGAUGUGCUUACCCGGGGCCGUGCAACCCAUUCAACUUCCCCAGAUGAGAAUGGGCUUUGAUGAGGAAAAUGCACCCUUGCAUAUGAACAUGGCACCUACUUUUCCAGUCAACAAUGAAACCUCAACGGAAAAUAUGUUUGGUCUACCCAAUGAUCGUGCUGUUCCAAGCGAGCCUUCCAUGUCAAAUAUGAUGAACUCAGAAAUUUCUUUUGGAUUGGAAUCGUCCAUUCAAACACAUCGUGUACCAUUUCAAAUCAAGCAAUCGACUUCUAGGGAUAUUAACCAGGAAGAUGUGGCUCCACAUGGCCGGCAUCAACCUUCAAUUAUUGACCGAUCUGAGGUGGAUCCAUAUGGUGUGAAUAUGAAACCUGCCUAUUCUUUGAGCAAAAUUGGACUUGAGAUGGGUGAAACAGCCGCGCAGUCACUUCCCCGGGCUUCGCUAAUGUCUAAUAGGAAAGGUGGAUUGCUAGAGUCAUCCGCAGCUGGAAGGGAUCGUCCUUAAGGCUGAGACUCUGGUUUUCCUCUUUAUCUCGUCACUCCGUCUUGGACGGUGUAUUUGAAAUUCUCUAGACCGUGAAGUCAAAAGAAGAAAAGGGAUGACUCUUCAAAUUAGCUGCUCUUGAAUUUGGUGAGGAACAAACUUUGCAAGCUUCCAUCAAUUUCCUCAGGGGAGCUAAGUGGAGUCAUGGUUGAGACGGAAUUGGCCCUCCACAUACGAGACUGUCCAUAAAAAAAUAAUGGGUUGGGCCUGAGCAGUUUUUAUCUUUUGAGUCCAGUAAUUGACAUGAUAUAUCUCCUAAGUGUUCUUUUUUCUUCUUUUUUUUGGGUGAUAGAGAUCAUCUAUCUCUAUUUUCUCAGGUUAGCAUACGUUGUUCAUUGACACUUAAUGUAAUUUAUGUGAAGAUUCUAUGAUUAAUCUAGAGGAAUGAUCUUGGUACUUGAAA